AUGGCUCCAGUAAAACGACCAAAAAAAGCGUUAAAAUCCAUGGAGAAAUGUCUAGAGAAGCCAAUAUCAAAAACCAAGAAGACCAAGAAGAGAAACUAUGACAACUUCUCAAUUUACAUCUAUAAGUUACUGAAAUGCGUAAUGAAGAAAAAUGUGGGCAUAUCCAGAAAGUCUAUGCUGAUAAUAAACAAUUUCGUGAACAACAUGUUAGAGAAUAUCGUUGAGGAAGCGGCGAGAUUGGUGUCCCAUUCACAGAAGAGAACACUAAGCAGUAGAGAGAUACAGUCGGCCGUAGAACUGCUCAUUCCUGGAGAAUUAGCAAAACACGCUAACAUAGAGGGACUUAAGGCUGUCACCAUGUAUAUGAAUAACAAGACGAAAGAUGUAUCGAUUUAA